AUGUAUGACUUACAUGGGAAAUAUAUUCACCACUGGGUACAUCUGACGCAUCGCGGCAACAUUACGCCAGUAUUGUCAAAGAGCAUGGUAUGGAACAAUUGGCAGGAGACCGCGGCGCUUCAGAGAAUACAAUCCUUAACUUUAAGGCCAGUCAUCACCGGCUGGAAGAGCCUUUUCGGUGCAGCUGGUCAAGUGGAGCAUGGCUGGAUUGAAGGAGUCAGCCGGCGCGAAAGUCAGAUUCUAAAAACGUACUUUCAUCAGCUAAUCGCUGAAAAUCAUGACCUUCAAGUCAGCUUCAAAUGGGGUGUCAAUGACGUAGCUGUCUGGGACAAGGGCAUUCUCUCGCGAUUAUAA